UCGUUUAAGAUUGUGUUUCAAAUUGAAAAAGAAAAUGGACGGUUUUCAGGAUCUAAUGAGAAGAGAAUCCUGCAAGUUAAGUACCAAACACUGUGUUUUUGUGUCAAUACUUGGAUUUCUGCUGGUUUUGGGACUAGGAAUUUUCACAUCAUCUCUUGCUUAUCUUCACAAAUAUGAUAGAGACCGUGUUAAUCCAUCGUCGGAAAUGCUCAAGGAGUCCGUUUCGGGAGAUUUUACAACGCAGGGCAUAGUGACUGAGAGAAUGAUUCAAAUGCCCCAGACGUGUUCUGACAUCGCUGGAUGCUCAAGGAUAGCAAAAGAUGGUGAAUACUGGCUGUAUCCUGCAGUAACGAAUGGAAAGAGGGUGAAGAUUUAUUGUCAUGACAUGCAAACAAAUCCGAAGGAGUAUGUCACUCUGAAGUAUGAAAACUCCUUUGUUCAACAUGACAACUCAAACUGGUUAAGCAAAUACAAACGCUGCACAUCUACAUUUAGGCCCCCACUAAAGAAAGCAGUUUUUUUGAAAGUGGCCAUUAACAUAAAGGAUAUGUCUGUGAAUGGAAAAGAUUAUACGUUCGCAGUGCGUACAGGAAAUUUUAGUCUUUCUUUUGGACAAACAGCUGACUGUGCUGGAGAAAGGUGGAUUAAGAACUGUUCUCGAUUUUCCAGAGCAAAAAUCAAUACUCAUGGAACAGGGAUGAUAUUUGAUCCUACUCUUGUAUUCGGUAAAGCGGGAGGCUGGGAAACUGAUAUACUGGAUUUUCAGCGUUCAGCAGACGGAGCGGAAAUGUCCUUUCGGUGUCGCGGAUGGUGUGGGUGGUGUGGUCCAAUUGAAGAAAAGAUGAAGUUUAUUUUGACAUCAGAAGCGGGUGAGGCAUCUAAACUCGUUGGUUUGUUUUAUGAAUUUGUCUCAGUCGAAAUUUGGUAACUUGAUACAUAUAUUUUGUAGAUUUUCAUUCAUCCUUUUGAGAAAAAUAAUUCACGAAACAUAAAAAUUCAGGAGAAAGCGACAAAUAAACUCUGAAAACUUAUGUAACCACGAGGUCAUAUCUAAAAGAACUAAUAUUUUUUCCGCUAACAACAAAAUGUUGACUUUACUUAAAUACAAUAGGCAGUUUGGGUACGAUUUGAGGACAGCACAUCCUUUGUUUGUAACAAGAACAUUUAUAGCUUA